AUUUUGAAUGCCUCAGAUAUGCCGCUGAAUGGUAGGGGUGUCUGGAGGAUGAAUUCGGCUCUGCUGGAGGACGAAGAGGUGAGACGAUCCUUUGAGGAGUUUCUUCAGGCUCAGGCGACCAUCCUGGAUUUCUGCGGCAGUAAGUUGGAAUGGUGGGAGUUUACCAAAGUGUGGAUUGGCAGGUUUUUCAAGGCCCUAGGUAAGAGGAAACAACUUGAGAAAUACAUUGCCUAUCAGCAGUUACGGAGAAAGCUUGACCGCCUUGUCUCAGAGGGUGGAGAUUCUGGGGCAAUCUCAGAGGUUAAGCUUCUCUUGAAGAAGUAUCAGUAUGAUCGGUGUGCCUCUUUGGUUCUGGAGAGGGACUAUGGGAAGCACCAUUCACCCAACCUUUUCCAGAAUUGUAAACGGAGCAUAGCAAUUAAGACGAUCAGCGGCCUGAGGGAUAGUACAGGAUCCCUGACGAAAUCCAGGUCAGGGAUCUUGGAGGUCUCAAGGGCUUUUUUUGAGGAUCUUUUGAAAGAGAAGCACCUUGACCGAGCAGGGAUGUCAAGCUUCCUGGACUCUACACCAGGUUUGGAGAAUAACAACCCGUCCACAAGUUUGACAAGUGAGGAUAACAGUUGAAGAGGUUUCCAAAGUGAUAGACAGUUUGGUCAUUAAAAAGACACCGGGGCCAGACGGCUUGACAGCAGAGUUUUUUAAGACCUUUAAAUCUCGCUUGGCACCUCUCCUGGAGGAGGUUUUUAAUUGCUGUCUUGAAGAGGGCUCACUCCAUCCAUGAGGAAGUCAGCUAUGAUUUUGCUGUCAAAGGGUAAGGAUUCUACGAUGAUUGAGAAUUGGCGC